ACGUACCUACGUUCGGUUAACGCGCUAAAACAUCGAUAGCAAAAUAAAAACUUAUAAAAUUCGAACAAAGUAACUGAAACGAAGUGAAUCUAUUGCACGAAAAAGACAAUACCACUACAGGAAUCCCGUUUUGUGAUGUUUCGUUCGUGACUGGUACAGUGAUAUUUUUGUAGGAUCGUAAAGUUUUUGUUGAAACUUUUCACCGAACCGGAGCCAUGUGACUGCGAACGAGCAUCUAAGUAAAAGUGAUGUGGUGGUUACUGGCAGUAGUGUGUCUGACGGCAUGCGUAGGCGCAGGAGGAACACCUUGCGAGGAAGCACGCAUGCGCUGUGCGUACAGAACUGGCUGCGGGGCCGCCCUCACCAACUACAUGUACCUUUGCAACGAAGUGCUCACGAAACCCAUCAAGGCGUGCCCCAACGAGUGCGGUCACGCGUUGAUUGCACUCACGUCCACUGAAGAGGGGAAAGAGCUCAUGAAUUGUCAAUGUGAAGACGAGUAUUGCCUGGAAGCAAAACAAAGGAUCGACGUCUGUCGCCCGCAGGUGUUAAGAGGUGCGGCUAACGCCACAGCCUCGUGUCGUCUCUCGCAACUCAUCUGCUUGGCUGACGCGCAGUGUGCUACAGCUUUGAGAUACUACAAGGAUUUGUGCAGAUCAGUGUAUCGCGGCAGAAAGUGCUCCAACAAGUGCCUUAACUCUAUACAAAUUCUCAGGAAGCAGGACAAAGCUGCCGCCCUGCAGGCAUGUCAUUGCGACGGCAACGAGGACUACGACUGCCCAAAGAUGCAGAACAAUCUAGCAAGAUUGUGCUUUCACAAACAUUCAAAGAACCACACAAAGAACCAUGAGAGAGGCUACGAAGAUAGGCAUAAGAAACACCACCAGGAGGUCGUGUCUUCAACAAAUUCAACCACUAUAUCGAUCGUCUUAUUUAUACUUUGUACAUUAAUCACAUCAAGGUACAACACGUGACAAAAAGCUUUGAGGUCUACCUCAUAUUUUAGUUUAGUAAAACGACUACGUACUGUAAGUUUUUGUAAAUAUGUAUGAUAAUACUUAAUACUAUUUAAGUAACGUUUUGUGUUUUAAAUAGAGGAUUUGCAAGGGAUCGAAUAUGUAAGAACGUUGUAUAGCUGAAGUGUUUGUUUGAGGUUAUUUAGUUUAGUUAAGGGUUUAGAGUAAAUAGUGUUCUAAUGUAACGACUAAAAUACGCUGUGUGUACUAAGGCGAUACUGCCUGGAUAGAGUAGACUUAGCAUGUAAUUUUAUGGUAGAGUCUGCGAAUGAUUAUCGUAUGAUGCCGAAACAUAUUAGUCCAGAAAAAAACAUGUUUUUAAUAGUGCGGCAAAAGUAUAAUCGGAAACUUAAAAAUUAAUAGACCCCUUAGAAUCGUUGAUACCAAUUAAGAUAUUAUCAUAACGUGUGUUAAAAAUCGUUUGGCCGGCAACGUAAAUUGGAGCUGAUUAACGGGUUUAUAACUUCCAAGCCUCUCUCUCCCAGCGAAAGAACAUAACACUCCAGGUUGUAGGUAUCCAGCAGUGGGAUAGUGGGCAUGGAAACCGGGUAACAUAAAGCCGGUUUCGGUCAUUUACCCUGGUUUCGAAAUCAUUGAGGUUAAGCUUUAGGUUCUGUUCAUUUAGCGGGUUAAACAGAACAACCUCAUUUGAUUUUAGUCAGUUGAUGUUCCCAACAACAUUUUCCAGUAAAUUGAACCAAUAACAAGGAGUACCUGCCAGUAGAUAAUUUGAUAUUAUUUCUAAUUGUGCCCGUUCUUGAAGAGUGAACAAAACUUCGGCAGAAGAUAACCGUGCCAACCUGGCCAAGGUAGCCGUGCUGGUUUACAAACGAAACUUCACGGAGAGUGUCGACGUUGCCCACUUUGCGGACUUCGCCCGUAACGUAAUAGUUAUCCGAAUAAAGUUCAUAGUGAACGCCACAACCGCCCACGGGCGCAUGCGCGGGCAUCGCGCCCCGCUAUAAAUACAGCGGCGGCGCCGGUGGUCCGGUGACAAAUGCAGGGUUGUUCCUGCCGCGGCGCCACGCCGAUUGAUCUACAGCUUGGCUCGGUAACGCGACUUGUCAAACAGAUGAAUAUACACUCACCCACUCUACAUCUCGUAAGCUGAUCGCAUACUAAUCACCUGCACGCAUCGAACCCGCUAUUCAUAAUCAAAUAUUGGAAGCAGCGGAACGAAAAACGAAAC